GGCUUCAGCUGCAGCUCCGACCUCGUCAUCCACCAACGCAUCCACACUGGGGAGAGGCCCUACGAGUGUCCCGAGUGUCGGAAGAGGUUUCGGAUCAGCUCCAGUCUCCUCCAGCACCAGCGCAUUCACACCGAGGAGAGGCCCUUCCGCUGCCCUGAGUGCGGGAUGGGCUUCAAACGCAACUCCCACCUCAUCACCCACCAGCGCAUCCACACUGGGGAGAGGCCCUACGAGUGCCCCACCUGUGGGAAGAGGUUUCAGACCAGCUCAAAUCUCCGCCUGCAUGAGCGCAUUCACACCGGAGAGAGGCCCUUCCGCUGCCCCGACUGCGGGAAGGGCUUCAAGCACAACUCCACCCUCAUCACGCACCAGCACAUCCACACUGGGAGAGGCCCUACGAGUGUCCCCACGUGUGGACAGAGCUUCAGCCAGAGCUCAGAGCUGGUGGUCCAUGGGCAGCUUCAUGAUGGGGAGAAGCCACACAAGUGCUUGGAGUGUGGGAAGAGCUUCAGGCAGAGCAGCGCCCUGAUCAGCCACCAGAUGAUCCACACUGGGGAAUGGCCCUACGAGUGUGGGGAGUGUGGGAAGGGCUUCAGCUGCAGCUCUGUCUUUGUCAUCCACAAACGCAUCCACACUGGGGAGAGGCCCUACGAGUGUCCCCAGUGUGGGAAGAGGUUUCAGACCAGCUCCAGUCUCCUCCAGCACCAGCAGAUUCACACCAAGGAGAGGCCCUUCCACUGCCCUGAGUGCGGGAAGGGCUUCAACCGCAAAUACACCCUUGUCACCCACCAGCGCAUCCACACUGGGGAGAGGCCCUACGAGUGCCCCAUAUGUGGGAAGAGGUUUCAGACCAGCUCAAAUCUCCGUCUGCAUGAGCGGAUUCACACGGAUGAGAGGCCCUUCCGCUGCCCCGACUGCCGGAAGGGAUUCAAGCAUAAGUUCAGCCUCAUCAGGCACCAGCGCAUCCACACUGGGGAGAGGCCCUACGAGUGUCCCCAGUAUGGGAGGAGUUUCACCCAGAGCUCUGACUUGACCAGACACCAACGGAGCCACCGAGAAGGGUGUCCUUUCCAGGCAGGGGAAAUUGUGGCCAGGAAGACCCAGUGA